AUGGUCCUGGUCCACGUCGGCUAUCUCGUGCUUCCAGUGUUUGGCUCUGUGCGAAACAGAGGUGCCCCCUUUCAAAGGUCUCAGCAUCCUCACGCUACCUCCUGCCGCCACUUCCACCUGGGCCCCCCACAGCCGCAGCAGCUCGCCCCCGACUUCCCGCUGGCACACCCCGUGCAGUCGCAGCCGGGCCUCAGCGCCCACAUGGCCCCGGCCCACCAGCACAGCGGCGCCCUGCACCAGUCGCUGACCCCGCUGCCCACCCUGCAGUUCCAGGACGUCACAGGUCCCUCCUUCCUACCUCAGGCCCUGCACCAGCAAUACCUCCUGCAGCAGCAGCUCCUGGAAGCCCAGCACCGCAGGCUGGUCUCGCACCCCAGGCGGAGUCAGGAGCGUGUGUCUGUCCACCCCCACCGCCUCCACCCCAGCUUCGACUUCGGCCACCAACUGCAGACGCCUCAGCCCAGAUAUUUGGCUGAGGGCACUGACUGGGAUCUCAGUGUGGAUGCCGGCUUGAGUCCCACUCAGUUCCAGGUGCGGCCCAUCCCUCAGCACUAUCAGCAUUACCUAGCGACUCCUCGAAUGCACCACUUUCCCAGAAGCUCCUCCUCCACACAGAUGGUCGUCCAUGAAAUCCGAAACUACCCUUACCCUCAGCUUCACUUCCUUGCUCUCCAGGGACUAAAUCCCAGCAGACACACUUCUGCUGUGCGGGAGAGCUAUGAGGAGCUGCUGCAGCUUGAGGACAGGUUGGGAAAUGUGACUCGGGGAGCUGUACAGAAUACCAUUGAGAGGUUCACCUUCCCCCACAAGUACAAGAAGCGAAGACCCCAGGACGGCAAGGGCAAGAAGGACGAGGGGGAGGAGUCAGACACAGAUGAGAAAUGCACAAUUUGUCUGUCUAUGCUCGAGGAUGGAGAAGAUGUGAGACGCCUGCCCUGUAUGCAUCUCUUUCACCAACUGUGUGUGGACCAGUGGCUCGCCAUGAGCAAGAAAUGCCCCAUCUGCCGAGUGGACAUUGAGACACAGCUGGGAGCCGACAGCUGA